UUUUGCAAUAAAAAAUAAAUAAGACAACCUCAUGGAGAUUGAUAUGGAGACUGAUGCAAGUCAUCUGGUCGAAAAGUUUGAAAAACAAACUUUAAAUGUCCAGGAAAAUGUAACCUCACUUUCAAGCAGAAUAAAUUUUGAUGAUGUAAUAACAAAAGAGAUGAUUGAAGAUACUGAAAAAUUUUUGAAGAAUCACAGAAUAGAUGCAGAGAAAGAAUUAGAAGAACAGCAUAAAAAGCUUAUGAUUGAGAUGCAUUUACUGUUUCAUGAACGACCACAACUAAAAAAAAUAUGCGAAAAUAGAAGUAGUCAACUUGUUCUUUCAUGCUUUACGAAGUAUAACUUUCAGAAGAAGUCAUACCUACCUAGGGAUGAUUUGCUAGAUCUUGGUGACUUAAAAUAUAUAAUUCAAUCUUUUGGAUAUAAUUUAACGUACUUGAAUGUAACAUCCUAUCCUUUUUCUCAAAUAAUGCCAUUGAUCAAUAUCAACUGUCCUGGUCUUAAGCAACUUUAUGUAGAAUUUAAAGAAAUAAAUGAUCAGGAUUUUGAAAAUGUUUUUUCUAAUAUGCAUAAACUUAAAGAGCUACGGGUUACAUGGAAUUGUAAAAAUUCAGCUCUACCAAUGACUUUGGUCAAGUCAUUAGAACAAGUUGGUGAAACCUUGAAGUUUUUACAUUUUUCAUGUUACGAAAAAAAAGCUACUUUCUUACCAGAUUCAUUGGCUUCGGUACUUCCUCGUCUAAUCGCUUUAGAAGAAUUCACUGUAUAUAAUUUUCAUCUAAGUGCACCAUUGGUCCAGUCGUUAGGUGAAACUAAAAAUUUAAUUCGUCUACUCUUUUUACCACCGACUAAAUAUCCAAUUAUUAAUGAAAAAAUUGAUAUGUAUCCUAUUGGAAAUUUGAAAAAUCUUGGAUUAUUAGCUAUUCGUUGGGAUUGGGGUGGUACAGAUGAAUUUCUAAUCAAUCUUUGUAAUAAUUCGAAGGAACUACGAGACAUAAAUAUUGCUGGCACAAAUAUAACGGAUGAUGGUAUGAUCGCUAUCAAUAAUUUGAGACAUUUAACAUAUCUUAAUCUUGGUUUACUUAGAUUGAAAAAGACAAAUAAUUUUAUCACUGAUAAAUCAAUUGAAUGUUUAUUUAAUGAGACAUUGCGGGCUUUAGAUUUAGCAAAUUGCACCAAAAUUUCUAAUAGAUCAGUGAUUAAAGCUUUUGAAAAUUUACCAAAUUUAUCAAGUUUAUUUGUUGAAAAUACAAAUGUUACUAUUGAAGUUGUCGAAGAAUUAUCUAAAUUAACAAAAUUUCAUGAGACGAAACUACAUGUAUAUGUUUCUUUUGAAGAUUGUAAUGGUAUUUUUAAAUCGUUAUUGGCUUCACAUAAUAUUGAAUUUAAAACUCAGACUGGGUGUGCGAUGUGGAGAUAAA